AUGUACUCUGGUCACGUAAAUGAACCAACUAUUAUUUUGGAGGCUGUUGCAUCUUAUGAUCUUUGGAUAUGGCAUGCUUUUUUUGGUUUGCCUGGGUCUCAUAAUGACAUCAAUGUACUCGAUCGAUCUUCUGUUUUUGCUACGUUGGCCGAAGGUCAUGCUCCUCCGUGCAACUACACAAUCAAUGGUCACGAAUACACAAUGGGAUAUUAUCUUGCUGAUGGUAUAUAUCCUUCAUGGACAACAUUAGUGAAGACAAUUCCUGCUCCACAUGGAAAAAAGAAAAAACAUUUUGCUGCUUGUCAGGAGUCUGCAAGGAAAGAUGUGGAGCGAGCCUUCGGAGUACUCCAAGCUAGAUUUGCAAUUGUGCGUGGACCUGCUAGGUAUUUUCAGCCCCGAGUUCUAAAAGACAUUAUGUACACAUGCAUUAUCUUGCACAAUAUGAUCGUUGAAGAUGAGCGUCAUCAAUAUCUCGGGGACUGA